GCGCUACGUCAUUGGGUUGAGGUAUUCCAAUUCCAAGCCUUAUCGAGAGGAAAAGACAAUUUUACAGAAAAAGAAAGAAGAUGAAAGGUUUAGACCUGAAAAUCGCCAUAGUUUCAAUGGCUAUGGUCAUGGUGCAGCAGCUGUACAUGUCGGAAUCGAGCCACGCCCUCCACCCUCUGAUCCUCAUCCCCGGCGCCGGAGGGAACCAGCUGGAGGCCCGGCUGACCAAAGAGUACAGAUCUUCGAGCUUAUUCUGCAGCCGGUGGAAACCCGUCGUGAAGGACGCCGACGGGUGGUUCAGGCUCUGGUUCAGCCCCACCGUCCUGUUGGCUCCAUAUACAGAUUGCUUCGCUCACCGAAUGACCCUUCAUUACGACAGGGAUUCGGAUGAUUAUAGAAACGCCAUUGGGGUUCAAACCAGAGUCCCCAAAUUUGGCUCUGUUCAGUCUCUUCUCUACCUUGAUCCUCGUCUCAAGCACAUCACAGCAUAUAUGGCGCCGUUGGUGAAAUCUUUAGAAGAAAUUGGGUAUGUGCGAGACAAAACCCUGUUUGGGGCACCCUACGAUUUCCGAUACGGCUUGGCUCCAGAAGGUCAUCCCUGUGAAGUGGGUUCCAAGUUCCUGAAGGAUCUAAAAGAAUUGAUCGAAAAAGCAAGCGUUUCAAAUGGGGGAAAACCAGUAAUUCUCGUCUCCCAUAGCUUAGGGGGUCUCUUCGCCCUCCAAUUCCUCAACCGAAACCCGUCCUCUUGGCGUAGACAUUUCAUCAAACACCUGGUGGCCCUGUCCACGCCAUGGGGCGGAUCCGUCGAGGAGAUGCGCACAUUCGCCUCGGGGAACACCCUCGGCGUCCCGCUGGUGAACCCAUUGCUUGUAAGAACAGAGCAACGGAGCUCCGAGAGCAACCUCUGGCUCUUGCCCAACCCCAAAAUCUAUGGGGCCAAAAACCCGAUAGUGAUUACUCAAAACUAUUCCAAUUACGCGGUUGAAGACAUCCCUCGAUUUCUCAACGAUAUUGGAUUUGCAGAGGGUGUUUUUCCUUACGAAUCUCGCAUAUUGCCACUGAUGGACCAAUUACAAGCACCUGGCGUGCGUGUGACUUGCAUAAUCGGAGGGGGUGUGAGGACGCCGGAGACUCUGUUCUACGGGAAGAAUGGGUUCGAUGAGCAACCGGAAAUGGGUUAUGGAGAUGGCGAUGGGACGGUGAACAUGGUGAGCUUGCGGGCGCUUGAGCGAUUAUGGGCCGAGGAGGAAGAGAAGAACCAAACCCUAACCACGAUCGAACUUCGCGGCAUUUCUCAUAAAUCGAUUUUGGAGAAUGGAGAUGCUUUGGAUGUAAUAAAGAGGGAAAUUUGUAGUAUAAAUUCUGUUGGCUGUGGGCACCCACAUCCACAAUCACAUGUUGAGAUUUGAGAAUCUAAUUCCAUUAUUUUACACGAUUGUUUAGAGAA